AUGGUGAACGGUAUUGAAACUUCUCGCAUACAUUUGCUUUCUUCUAAGCUUAGCCCUGGAAGAUUUUCACUCGUCGGGCGGUCGAAGCUUUCUUUGGAAUACCUCUUGUACUCAUCUUCAGAGAGGAAUGAAGUCAUUUUCGCCACGAAGGAUCACAGCAUUCACUUCAUAGAUGUGAUGUCGAAAGAGAGAAUCGUAAAGUUGAAGGCGCACAAGCAUGCCAUCAGCUGUCUGGAGCUUCACCCAAGGGGCACGUACCUGGUUAGCUGCAGCUCAGAUGUCUGCAUCUUGUGGGACAUGAAAACUCGCAACAAGAUCAAGAACUUUGCUAUGAUGGACUUUCAGGCCCUGAAAGCGUGUUUUGUUCCUGACGGAAACACACUGAUCGUCUUAUCCAAGUCGUCUGAGAUCCUCCUCCUUCACUUUCCGACGCUGCAAGUGCGAUCGCGUCUGAUAUGUACUUCACACGAAGGCUCGAAAGUCUCGCUGAAAAACCUCGUUGUUACGUCAAGCGGGAAAUACUUCGUUGUUGUUUCCCACGACGGCUCGGCGUAUGUGUGGGACCUUGUUUCUGAGUCCUUAAUCGACGAGUUCCAGCUCCCUUCAGCCCUUGGGGACAAUCUGUCUGCACUUCAGCCCAUGUACUUCGGGCAGACACAGAAGGAGCCGGAGAGCCACUGCAUCGCUUGUCUGUGUGGCGACUCGCAGCUCCGCGUCUUUCAGGUCCCUGAAGGACUCCUGUUGUUCUCCUGCGAUGUCCCUUGCCAUGCCUUCAGCAUCAUCGGGAGACGAGUUGCCUUGUGCUGUCCAGAUUCAACUCUCAAGCUCUGUGAACUUCGUGGCCGCAAAGUCAAGGCCACCGGCAAGGAGGUGAAUAUUUCCCUCCUGCACAGGAUCGAACCAACGGCAGCAACGAGCGAAUUCGAGAGGGAGGAGGAGGAGGAGGAGGAGGGGGAGGGGGAGGGGGAGGGGGAGGGAAUGGUUCAGGACGAGAAUUCGAGGCCUGUGAGGCAGGAGGGAAGGAAAGGCGUCUCCUCGGUCAAGAAGAGACAGGAAGUCGACACUGACCCCGCCUACUCGGACUGGAGGAGGAGAAAGGAAAGAUUGUUGGCCUUCCUGGACAUCCACGACAACUUUCCUGAGAGGUUCCGCGAGCAAGUCUACAGACAGCUUUUGCGCCUUCCGAGGAAUCAGCAAGCUUUCAACACUUUGGUCAAUAUGGGCUUGCACCCUCUAGCUACAUCGCAGGCUCUCCCGCGUCGUCCACGUCCUCGCCAACUGUUUUGGCCAUCGCCGCCUGUCCACUUGCUCUCAACUGUCGAAAGACUCCUCUUCGCCAAGGACUCACAGCUCUUUCGACACCUCGACAAGAUUGGCCUCAAACCUCAGGAUUACAUGUGGCCGCUCCUACGAAGUGCCUUCUCGGAGGUCCUUGACAGGAAUUCUUGGCUUCACAUCAUGGAUCAUAUUCUGGUCAAGCCAACCUCUUUCAUCUACUGCGUCCUCGUCGCCUUCCUCGUCCACUCGCGCGCAGCCAUCAUGUCAUUGAAGAAUCAAUCGCAGAUGAAUCUGUUCCUCACGCGUGCCAAUCCCGUCGAUGCGAAAGACGAGGCUCAACGGCAGCUGAUCGUGGAGCGACAGCAGCAGAUGCUGCGCGAACUGGACGAGCAGGAGGCGGAGAGAGAGGAAGCAGAGAACGAGUGGCUACAGUCUCGCCUCGAGCGCGAGGAGCUCGAGCAGCUAGAGUUUCAAACCUUUCUUCACUUUCGAGAAGGUUCACAGAAGACCAUCCAGAAGAGUCAGGAACUGGGGCAGCAAGCGGAGCUCGAGGCUCGCCGACGGAUGCAGCAGCUCCAAGUGAAGGCGGCGGAGGAGAGGCUGAUGAUGGAGGAGACGAAUCAGCAUCUGGCUCUCCAUGCUCAGACGGAGACGAAGAUGACGGCAGAGUGCCAGAUGAAGCUGGAGGAUGAGCGACUCAAGAGCAUGUUGCACAGCAUCGACCUGAAGCGACGAGCGAGACUCUUGACAGAAGAGCAGAGCUCGCAAGCUCAGCGACGAGAGGACGAGGAGGCUAGGCUGGAGAGGACAAUGGUUGCGCAGGAAAUGCGACAGCUGGAGCAGGUCGUCAAGUACAAAGAUCUCGAGAUGCAGAAGAUGAUGACUGAAAAAGCUGAGAUGAUACGCGCGGAGAGAAAAAGAAUCGAGCAGAAGAAGGCAAGGAAUCGCAUCCGCGACUUCGAGUCUCAGCUGAGCAGAGAAGGAGCAGCUUGGAAGCUUGCGGCCUCGCACUACGAGCAGGAGGUGGAGGACAACCUGCUGUCCCUGCAAGCAGAAAGGAAGCAGCUGGAGAUGCUCGACGCCGAGAUCGCUGCGCGGGAGCGGGAGCUUAGGAUGAAGGAGGAGGAGGCCCAGCGGGGCCAGCAGGAGGAAAGAAGCGCGAGAGAGUCGCAGGAGAGGACAGCUGGAGAUGAUAUCGAGGACUCCUCGGGAAACUCGAGCGAAUGGCUCGUUGGCAUGGCCAAGGCAGCAAGGGAGGAAGAGAGAAGCGGCAGGGAGAAGGAGCUGAUGGGAAGAGAGAGGAGAGAGGAGGAGGAAGAGGAAAGGAGAAGGAAAAGGCCUGGAGAGCGAGGAUACUGGCAGAUGCGAGCUCAGCUUGCUGGAGUUGAGCUCGGGAGGAAGGAAGAGGGGUUCAAGAACAGGCAGGAGACAGGGGUAGGUGGCAAUUGA